AUGCCGAGAUCUGGAUCAGAACCAUCGGCAAGCCACAUUGAGGAAUGUCCAAGAUAUGCAACUGUCAUUCAGAGACAACCUGGGAUCAGUACGAAAUCAGUAAUCAACGAAGCCCUGAAUACUCCAGAAAUUUUGGAGAUGAUCCUGAUUGAGUUGGAUAUGCGCACACUUCUCACAUCCGCUCAACGAGUCUGUCACACCUGGGUCAACAUGAUCAGCAACUCGCCGUCAAUCCAAAAGGCACUUUUCUUCACUCCGAUCAAGGACUCAGAAUGGGGAGAAAAUGUGGAAAUGCUCAACGCGCUAUUGACGGCCACUUUUUCUUCUAUAUUUCCCGCCAAGGGCAGACUGGAUGACUAUAAGCUCAACUUUUUCGACUUGACAAUGGCCAAAGGCUCAGCUAUGAAUCAAUUCGUACGAAGGAGCGCAAGCUGGCGCAGGAUGCUAGUCCAACAGCCCCCUAUCUCGGAUAUCGGAAUGUUCCAGGUUUACCACGGAAUGACCGGCGAUAGGUCUACCAACGGAUACAUACAAGGAUCCAAAUACAAUGAUCUCCGGAUGGAAAGGCUCUUCGAUCUUAUGCUCUUCAUUCCCAUGGUCGAAUUGUUGAGUUUCUCCAAAGUACGAAUGUAUUGGUCUACUGAAGAGCCGAUCGCCUUUGACGAGACCUACUAUAAUAUCAACGAUGAGUUCCAUCGGGUGAUGAGCAAGUUUGGUUUGGUUCUGUUUACACGGGAGAUGGCGAGGCGCUCCAUGGGCAGGAGGGGUCGUCUAAGUGAAGAGGAAUUUAUCAAAAUGAGCCUUGUCACAGCACAUAAGGAUUGGGGGUUUAAUGUUAAUUUAAAGAAGAUAGAUAUCAUAAAAUCGAUAAGCGAAGUAGAGAUGGGGAUAGAUGUGGAAGAGAAAGUGCACGAGAACAAGUGA